AUGGAACUGAAGCCUCAGGAUGGUAGAAGGAGUGCCCCCCACAGGGAGGUGCCCCCGGUUGUGGGGCUGCUGCUGGCCUUGGUUGUCAUGAACGCGCUCCUCUACCUCUGCCUCGAUCGCUUCUUCGUCGCCCCCCAGCGUCCUGCCCCGGACCCUCGGCGCUGUCCCUACGGGCACUUCCGGGUGGGACCGAUGGACAGCUGCUCAGCAUGGCUGUCCUGCGCGGAGCUGAGGACGGAAGUGAGGCCGCUGAAGCGUGUCGGGGAGGGAGCCGUGAAGAGAGUCUUCCUUUCGGAGUGGAAGGAACGCAAAGUCGCCCUCUCACGGCUCACCAGCCCGGAGAUGAGAGACGACUUCCUCCACGGCCUGCAGAUGCUGAAAGCCCUGCAGAGCAAGCACGUCGUCACGCUGCUCGGCUUCUGCGAGGAGGACAGCACCAUCCUCACCGAGUACCACCCCUUGGGGUCGCUGGGCAGCCUGGAAGCCACGCUCAACCUUUCCAAGUACCAGGCCGUGAACACCUGGCAGCGGCGGCUGCAGCUGGCCAUGGACUACGUGGGCAUCCUCCACUUCCUGCACCACAGCCCGCUGGGCACGCGGGUCAUGUGCGACUCCAGCGACCUGCCCAAGACGCUGUCCCAGUACCUGCUCACCAGCAACCUGAGCGUCGUGGUCAACGACCUGGACGCGCUGCCCCCGGUGAACCGCAGCGCCGGGGCGCUGGCCAAGUGCGGCCGCCGGGAGCUGCGCGGCGACUUCGUGGCCCCCGAGCAGCGGUGGCCCUUUGGGGAGGACGUGCCUUUCCGCGACGACCUCAUGCCCCCGUACGACGAGAAGGCCGACAUCUGGAAGAUCCCCGACGUCGCCAGCUUCCUCCUGGGGCACGUGGAGGGGAGCGACAUGGUCCGAUUCCACCUGUUCGACAUCCACAAGGCCUGCAAGAGCCGGGCGCCGGCCGAGAGGCCCACCGCGCAGGCCGUCCUGGACACGUACCAGCAGGUCCUGAGUUCGCUCAGAGACGCCGUGCCGUCUCAGGCCAGAGAAAUGCUGUGA